UUCAAAAGAUGCGUUAUCUAUCAUGGGCCUAAUUUGCUCUAACAAGCGGCCGACGCACCUUCUUACAUAAGGUCUUGCUCUCAAUACGUUAUGAAACGCUAUUGAAAAUGGUCAUUGUUUUGAGCAUAUUGUAAUGUUAAUUGCGUUUUUAUAACGGUACGAGAUUGAAAGAUAAAAUGGAAAGAAUGAGUACUAUAAUUUUUAUUAGAUCAUGAUACUUAACAAUUUUGUUUACAACGAAAUGCAGAACCUCCUUGGGUACAGUCACGCAACCUUUAAGUAUGCAUGCGAUUUUCAUCAUUGUGUAUGUACGGAUCAAUGGGUAGCUGUUAAUAAGAAAUGGAUUCCAUUUUCUUUACAACCUUUCAAUCUUGCUCCACUGUUCAAGCCGACAAUGCGAGCAGCGUCUUUAAAUAUAUUUUUCAUUAUGCUUAUUAUAAUAAAUAACAGUGAAGGUCUUACGUGCAACGAAGUUCUUGAGGUUGCAUCGGAUAAAAAGACCACAUCCUUAGCAGAAUUGCAAUUAAUGCAACCAAAAGAAAUAAUCAACUGUUUAGCUCACCUUGGUAAGGAACAGUUGCGAUUUUCGGAAGCGGAUUACAUGUGGCAAUCAAUAAAAACGUACUACGGCGGUGUCGCGAAUAUUCCAGACCGAAUUCUUACAAUACUCCACUGGGUAACACCGGCGAUACAGCCCGAGGAAUAUGCGAAUAUCACUUUUGAGAAUAUUGACGUUAUACAAAACUUUGGCCUCGAUUAUGGGUUAAAUAACGAACAACUUGCAGCUAUUGCUGACGGUGUUCGGGCUGAAUUUGCUGGCAAAGAUAUAGAAGAUUACUCUUAUUACGAUUUAGCAGCGCUUCGGCAAAUACUGUGUGCCUUUAACAGAAGUGAAAUAGAAAGAAUUCAUGCUAAGGCUUACAAGGAAGCUUCUGCGCUCAUUGGUAAAUUAGAAGGUUGUACUUCUGAAGUAAUGUUGGGAUUUGCAACUUUAGCAGUGAAAAGAAGCGCCUUUGGACCAGCAGAGUUUUGGGACGAUACUAUUGUAAAAAUAGUUGGAAAUGUUGGUAAAUAUAUACCGAAGAAUGUUAUCGGAAAAUAUGUAAAGAAAAAGACGUUAACUUAAAGCAGCUUGAAUAAAAUACACGAAAUUGAAAAAUAUGAAUUAACUAUUAAUUAGUUAGAUUAAAUAAUCGUUAAAAGAUAAUAUGUUGUUUUAAUAUUUUUUAUGCCUAUCAGAGUUCUAAACAUUAUGUUGUUACAAUAUACUUUGCAAAUAUCAGUUAUGACGAUGCCGUGAUGUGAUAUAAAUAUAUUAUAUUGACGUGUUAAUAACGAGUAAUCUAGAUAUUAUAACUUGGUUAUUGCAAAUAAGAUUUUACAAAUGGCUAUAAUUUUGUUGUAAUUUUGAUAUUAGUAAAUGUCAAAUGAUUUAGUAAUUUUUUUCUACAUGUACCUAUUACG